GCUGAAGAUUCGGUGACGUAUAAUGAUGAAGCUGCAGCAUGUGGGUCGCUUGCUGUGGUUGUAAUAUCUCACCUACCCAGAGAUGCUGCCAUUGAAUGGCAUGUUGUUGCGGUAGUUGAUGAACCACUCCAAAGAAAACAUUUUGCAAUGAAGAUGCUGUCAGAAGGCUUCCAAAUUGAGUGUGAAUCUGUAGAGUCUAGUUCUGCAUCUUGUGCAUCAAUCUCUGUACGUCUGAGCUGGGUUUCACCAUCCGCUUCUCAGCUUGAUUUAGAUGGACUUCUUCAUGACUUAGUGGCUAUGUUCAGACAAGCUGUGGAGAAACUUUCGGAAGACUGCACUGCAAGUCCUUUGUCUUUUAGAGCUUUCUUCAAAGAGGAUGUCUUUGAUACUGAAACAUUACAAACAGGACUGCAAGAAUACCUUGAAAAAUAUUUGGACAAGAAGACCCCAGCUCUGAUCUUAGUACCCGUGUUGGAUCUACCUGGCAGGGAAGUUAUUCAUAUAACAUGCUGGCUAAGCUAGCUGUUUAAAAGAGAUGAGUUGAUAUCAAAACACACAUUCCAUCCAAAAAAGAACAAAGGAAGGAAUUGAUCAUAACUGUUUUGGAUACUUUCAUUAAGCAAUAUUGUUUGAUUUAAGCAAAGUCAUAUUUAGCUUGUUAAUGAUGCCUCAUGAUAUGUGACAAGAGUCAACUUUCAAUGAACAAUAAAGGUUUCUUUUC